CUCUUCUGCCCAGCCAUGGGGACUUUCAAUCUUUGGACAGAUUACCUAGGUCUGGCAAGAUUGGUUGGGGCUCUGCAUGAGGAAGAGGAGCCUGAUGUCAGGCUGGACCCCAAACCAGAGCCCAAGCCAAGCUCAGAAAGCCAGCAAGCCAGCAAGGAAUCUUCAGCAGCUCCUGAACGCUUAUGUUCAUUCUGCAAACACAAUGGCGAGUCCCGUGCAAUCUAUCAGUCCCAUGUCCUGAAGGAUGAGGCAGGGCGGGUACUGUGUCCCAUCUUGCGGGAUUAUGUGUGUCCCCAGUGUGGGGCCACUCAGGAGCACGCCCACACUCGACGCUUCUGCCCACUCACCGGCCAGGGCUACACUUCUGUCUACUGCUACGCCACCCGGAAUUCUGCAGGCAAAAAGCUGACCCGGCCUGACAAAGCAAAGACACAGGAUGCUGGCCACCGCCUUGGAGGAGAAGCAGCAGCAGGUGUCUAUGCAGGUUCCAAAAGUGGCAGGAAGCCCCCUGGACCUUCACCCUCGGCCUACUGUCCCUCCACUACGGCCUAGGAGCUUGGAGUGGGGAGGACCAUGGUGGUACCGUUGCCAAGGGUCUGGACACAGGCAUGCUGGAGACUGGACCUUGCUUAGGAUUGAGGCUGGCCACAGUCUUGUCAGAGAUCACCUUCCCCCACCCGGCCCUGCUUGUGUUGCCUCAGUGUCCAAUAAAUGUUAAGGAAUGGA